AUGUUGGCUCGGAAUAUAUCUCGGAGUUUUUGGAAUGCUUUGCGUCUGGAGACCCGGUUCUUGUCAUCAGAUACAGCCAAGCCACUGCCUAAAGCCAAAGAAGGUGUGGAACCAACUCAGGCUGAAGCACUGGACAAGGACAUAUGCCUAUUAGUGGAUGAGAAGGACAAUAUCAUUGGAACCGCCACCAAGAGGGAAUGCCACCAAGUCGGCCCGGAGGGUGACAUCUUGCUGCACCGAGCCUUUAGUGUCUUCCUUUUUAAUAAGAGAGGUGACAUGUUGUUACAAAGGAGGUCAAGCCAAAAGGUUACAUACCCAGAUUACUACUCCAAUGCCUGCUGCAGCCACCCAUUGUACAUAGAAAACAAGCCAGAGAACAUCAUAGAUGCUGCCAGGCGGAGACUAAACCAUGAACUAGGCAUACCAAUGGACCAGAUGGAGCCGGAACUGUUCACGUUCCUGACGCGCGUGCACUACCACGACCCCGGCGACGGCGUGUUCGGCGAGCACGAGAUCGACCACGUGCUCUUCUUGCAGGGCGACGUCAAGAUCAAGCCCAACUCGGACGAGAUAUCCGAGUACUGCUUCGUGCCCAAGAACGAGUUUAAUGCAUUUAUCCCGACGUUGGAAGGGCCGAUAACACCCUGGUUCAACAUGAUCAGGCGCCAUAGACUGAAGCUAUGGUGGGACAACCUCCACCGUCUCAAGGAACUCGCCGAGCCAGAGAAAAUACACAAGUUCAUAGACAAAUAAUCAUAUUUCCAUUUGUAUUAUAUUUAAUAUUAUCUCUGUAUAUAAUUAAUUACGAACAAGGAAGCAGUAAGAAUUCUAACAAUUUGGCAUUUUAUUUUUGUUUACUUCAAUUAAUCAAAUGUGUUAAUUUUUAUGUAUAGCUA